AUCACGGAAACGCUUUUCAUUUACUGCGGAGAUGGUUUUGUUGAACAUGUCAAAAUCAACAUGGCGGCGGACUCGAGAUAUUACGCCAAGAUAACGCGGAACCAAAAUUCGCGUCAUGAAUCGACAAUGUUUAAAAUAUGUGAUCGUGUUGGAAGUCAUUUAUCACAAAACGAUGUUCAUUUAUUGACUAUAUUAUCUGGGAAUGUUUUGGAUUCAUCAACACGGCGUAAAAUAAAGAAUGGCAAAGAUUUGUUUCUUGCACUUUCAAAAGAAGGACAUUGUGAUGAAUCGAAUUUUGAAAGCAUUUUAGAAAUGCUUAAAAUAAUAAGGCGUCAUGACCUAUUACAUAUGUUCACUGUUAAGCAAAAACCUAAAGUUACCCUUGAUCCUGUUGAAGAAUACCUCAAAAAUAUAGGGCAAAUCUACCAAAAUGUUGAUGCCCUUGCCUCUUAUUCUCAGUCAAAUCAAACCUUAAGGAUAAGUGGUAACAAUAAUAAAGUACCUUCCACUCCAACUGAAGAUAGGAUAAACUUUCCUACUAGUGAAUCUUCUCCUGCCAAAAGAUUACGGCGAAGUCAACGAAUUUCAAACCGUAAUGUGAUUUACCAUGCACCGAGUAUUAUUGAUUCCAGUCCAACUGCAGCUAAUCAGAAAUAUACUUGUGAUGUUCGUCUCAGAGUUAGAGCUGAGUAUUGUAAUUACCAGUCUGUUCUACAAGGCAAUGUGUCAUCAGUUAAAGCAGACCCUGUAGAACGCCAGUUGGAGUGUUUUACUCAAGCAAGUGCAAUUUUACGUGCAAGGGACUUAGGCUACAUUGUAUGUGAUAUUAAAUUUUCAGAAAUAACAUACCUCGACGCAUUUUGGAGAGAUUACCUCAACGGAUCUUUGCUAGAAGCCUUAAAAGGUGUAUUCAUCACUGAGUCUCUAAAGCAAGCCGUAGGCAAUGAAGCAAUUAAGUUACUUGUAAAUGUGGAUGAAAGUGACUAUGAGAAAGGUCGUGACCUUCUAAUGAAAAAUUUACAUUUGACAGUUUAAACUUGUUAUGCUGUUUUAAUUCUUCACUGUUAUAAAGUUUUUAUUUAUUUUUUUUUGGAAAUAUUCAUAGUUAUAUAUUUGUUUUAUUCAUAUUAUUACAUAAAGUGUAAAAAAAAAAAACAUUUAUUUUGUAUUUGGUUACUCUUCUAAUUUGGUUCUUGUAAACAUUUGUUUAUUUUUUCCAUGGUCUAUGUAAACUCCAUUUAAAACUGUAUGUAAAAAGGUCGCAUAAUUAUUUAACUUUUUCGACUGUGAAAUGUUAUUGUCUCUCAUUACUGGCUUUUAAUGAAAGCUUUAGAUUUAUAAGAAUUCUAAUGGAUAUAGCUUUUGUACAUGUGGAAGUUUUAAUAUGAAUUGGAUGGAUUUAAAAUUUAUUAUUUCUAAAAUUGUACUAUUAGUGAAAUAAUCCCCUGAAUGACCAGGUCUUGAAUUAACAUUGCUACAUGCUGGCAUUCCCAAGCUUCAGACUUUUGAAUUUAUUGAAGGGAAAAGAAAGGAAAAAAAAGCUUUCAUCUGCUAAAUAUGUAACAAUCUUACAUUAACAUUGCUACAUGUUAGCAUUCCCAAGCUUUAGAUUUUUGAAUUUAUUGAAAAAUAAAUACUGUCACCUGCAAAGCAUGCAACGAUUAAUUUCUAAUUAAAUAACAAUUACGUAAAGGUUUUCUUUAAAACUAAAGUGGUACCAUAUACAUAUAUAACUCUUUCUGUAUAUUAAUUUCGUUUAUUACUUAUAAGUUGUAAGAAUUUUUUUUAAGCAAUUACUUAAUAUUUUACUUUAUUAGAAGUUUGUGUUCAGAAAAUAUAUCAGUUGGUAUUUUUGUUUAGUUUCAAUCUAUACUAGAAGGGUCUGCAUCGAGAUUGAUUAUAAUUGAAAACUUUGUAAUGUCAGUAAGUGCUCAGGGUUUUUUUUUAAAAAAAAUUUAUUCUUUGCCUCUGUUUUUCUUUUUUUUCUGUGUUAUUUUAGUGCUAAAAUAUAUUAAAAAUAAACUCAUGUUAGAUUAAGACCUUCAGGGGAUUAUUAACUUAAAUGUUUAAGUAACUGUCUUAUUUUUAAAUAAAUAUGUGCUCAGUUCUCAUCUCAGCUGACGGGUUUUAUAUACAAGAGCUAUCUUUUGGAGCAUAUUUAAAUAAAAUUAAGUGUAAUCUAACAGUCUACCUCAUGGUAAAAAAUUUAAGUUAUAAAACAUUAUUAGUGUUUUCAAUUUAAAAUAAAAGUUAUGCUGCAAAUAUCUAAAUUUCAAAUUUUUAUAUACACACUACAUACCUCUCUAGUUGAAUCAAAUUAAACAUUUCUUGUUACUUUUCAAUCAAAUAUGCUAUGAUGAUGGUUUAAAAACUUUAAAAUGAAAUAGUUUCACUUACAGCAUAUAGUGAGUUAUACAUAUGUUCUGAUUCAGCGUAUGUUAAAAUGUCCAACUUAGAUGUUGCUUUUCUGAGAAACUGCAGGAAUAUUCUAAAAUCAUUUUUAACCCUCUCACUUCUAGAUAAUGGGAGCUAAUUUUUGUAAAUUUGAUGUCUGGAAUUUAAAAUUUAUGAAGUUGACUUUAAAAGUAAUUUGAAAAAUAAUCAAUGAAUGGAAUUUUUAUGUUCAAGAAAAUUUGGAUUUGCACCAUAAGAAGAAAA